AUGUCAACUAUCUCUGCAACAAUUGCGGGUCCAAGCAUUGUACAAUUCGUACAGAUAGAUAGUUUGGUUGUAAUGAAAAUCGUGAAGCACGUUGAUUCAGAAAUGUACGCAGGUCUAAACGAAGUAGCUGGUGAGGCAUGUCAAGGGCUGCUGACUGGUUUGGUGUCGAGUGAUGACCGUCGUUUGGAAAUCACAAAUUGUUUUCCGACAGCUAGGGCUGAGCCCAUGCUUGAUGGUGAUGAAAUAGCGCAAAACAAUACAUUUUAUGAAGAGCAAAAGCAGGCGGAAAUGUUGGAUAUGCUUCGAAAAUUCAGAGAUAUGAAUAUCGACUAUGAGCUAGUUGGAUUUUACCAAGCUCAUCCAUUCGGCGCUUGUUUUGCUCAGGAAACAAUCGAUUCACUGAUCGAUUAUCAAGCAAGUGUGCCAGAUGGAGUUGUGCUUAUUUAUGAUCCUGUGAAAACUCGUCAGGGACAGCUCAGCAUACGGGCUUAUCGUUUAUCAACAAAAGCUUUAGAAAUGAGUUUAGAUGGUGACUGGUCACCGGAGAGUACAAGAGCAACUGGCCUGACCUAUGAGAAUAUGCUUGAGGAAUUACCUAUAGUCAUUAAAAACAGUCACUUAGUGAAUGUGAUGUUAGCUGAAUUAGCAUUGGAAGGUGCUUGUGCAAUUCAACGGUCAUCCUCUCAUCUCGAACUUGGAACUCGAAGGUCUUUGGAAAAAUGUCUUCGUUCGUUGAUGAGCGACGUUGAUGACCUUAAUAGAACGGUUAUGGCGUAUACAAAAUACAUAGCUGAUAAGCAGCGCCACGAUUUAACAGUAUACAAUGCUAUGCAAAAAAGGCAGGCGGAAAAUGAGCAACGAGAGGCUCGUGGUGAACCUCCACUGUCGUUUGAUGACAUAAAAAAGAUGAAGCCGCCUCAAUUAACAACCAAAUGUGGGAUGUUGGAAAGUUUUCUAUGUUCAUCAGAUGCUAGAGCUCAUUCCGACUAUGCUGCAGAGGCUUAGGCGAUAGUCGACUCACAUGGUUCAAGAGAUCGUAGUGGAUCAGCAGCGCGGUGA